AUGGAUAGGCAGAGCCCAGGACCGAGGGAGGCUGAGACCAAUAGUACUGUUGCUGCCACUGCCCCCAGCCCAUCAGCUGUAGUAACCAUGGCAACAGCCAGCUCCAGCACCCGAACCUGCUCCCAGGUGCCCUCCACCUCUCUCAGCAUCGUCCCACCCAACAAGCACGCAGUCCAGGUGAUCCGGCAGGCCGUCCACAGACCACAGAGCAUGGCAGCCCAGUACCUUCAUCAGAUGUACGCAGCCCAGCAGCAGCACCUCAUGCUGCAGACAGCAGCCCUACAGUUGCCCUCAUUGCCUUCUUCUUCCAGCGGGAGUUUACCCCAGCCAUCCAGCGUAUCCGAAAACUCAAAUGCUCUACCCGCCUCUCCAGUAACAGCCCAGCUGAUUAACCAAACCCACACUUCCAGCUCCGCUGCUGCAGGCAGGGCCGUAUCCCAGCAGGCCAUGCUCCUAGGAAAUAGACCGGCCAACUGUAACCAAGCUCAGAUGUACCUUCGCACUCAGAUGCUAAUUCUGACUCCUGCAGCCACAGUGGCUGCAGCUCAGUCGGGCCUUCCCGCUGUCUCCUCCUGCUCCCCUCAGACCUCCCCCUCUCAGGUCCAGAGCCUGGCUGUGCGUGCCCAUCUCCCCGGGAAUGUACCAAGAGCCCAGAGUGUCAUCCUGAAGCAGUCAUCCCAGUCUCGAGUCUUUUCCCCAACCAUGUCCCUGCCCAAGAUGUCCAUCUGUCCCCUUAAAGCCAGCCAGCAGACCGAACCUUCCACAGAGACAAGAAUUCAUGCUAGGCCGGCUAAUGUCACUCGGCUUACGUCAGGGGCCCACAUUAUAGCCCCAUUACCAGCAACGUGCUCACCAGUCCAGCCCCAUGCUCUGGUGAAGCAACAGCUCACCAGUCCUCCCAGCCAGCACGAGGCGCACCAUCAGUUCAUCCUCCAGCAGACUACAGGAGGAGCUCCCAGCCACAGACAGCUCCAGCCUCUUACUUUACAGGUAGCGCCCCAAGAAACCAGCAGCAAGCCCCUUCCACUGUCAAUCAAACCAAUGGCCACUCCCAACCCUGCCACCACCCAAUCACAACCCAGCAUUGGGACCCCAGCCCCAUCUUCUUCCUGUGUCACCAGUGUGUUUGCCUCAUCAGUACAACCCUCAAGUCCCGCCUCCACCGUGCAGCUUCUGCCACCUCCUCUGGUGGCAGCUCCCCAGCGACGGACCUCUUUCCCCCCAGUCCAGAGCCAGCCUCCACCUCCUCCCCCACCCUUGGUUCUCCCCAGGUUGCCCAAGAACCCACCAGCCUCAAUCCAGAGGUUGUCCCUGCACUCGGUCCAGGCCCUGGCCAUCCAGUCUGGCUGUGUACUGACAGCAGAGGAGGAGCUUCCUGUGGCAGAGGCCCUGGUUCAGAUGCCCUACCAGAACCUUCCCCCUCCCCAGACAGUGGCUGUGGACCUGAAGGUGCAUCGAGUGAAGAACACCGAAACUCAAUGGUCAACACAACCAAGCAAAAUGAAUAUCCGGAGUUCAGAGGAGAGGAAAGAGGACGCUUUUCCCAGUCCACAGAGAGGCAAGACCCCCACACCUCCUGCCAUGCCUGCUAGAGAGAAUGGAGAAGCUGAUACGGGUUUGUUGUGUAUCGCGUCUAAUCAUUCGGUGAUCCAGUCGCCAGAGGUGGAGGAGCCUUCCCCCAUCACCAGCAGUAGCAGUAGCAGCAGCAGCCCCCCCCCUCAUCCACCACCACCUCCUCUUCUACCUCCUCCUCCCCUCCUGCCUGCCGUGGUAAGAGGCCUCGGCCAGCCAGGGAGCCCCGAAGGCCACCUUAGACCCCACAUCCUCAUGCACCUCAUAGAGGGCUUCAUCAUCCGAGAGGGCUUGGACCCAUUGCCGGUGGGCCCCUCGCCACUGGUGGCGGAUGAGCAAGCCUCACUUCCUGAAUCCCAGGAGAUUCGGACUCACGGGGACGCGGCGCCUGAGGACAGCCCAGCUGAUCCUGAACAGUCAGAUUCCACAGACUCGGAGAUGGAAAAUGAUGUAAAUGAUGUUCCUGCAGCUGAUGAGACAAGGGACAGCGUGGCAAAUGCGCUGCAGUGUGAGUUCUGUGGAAAGAGAGGUUACGUUCACACAUUCCUGCGCUCCAAGCGCUUCUGCUCCAUGACGUGCGUCCGAAGGUUCAGUGUGAGCUGUACCAAGCGAAUCAGCACGUCGAGGGCAGAGAGGACGGGUCAGUGGGGCCACAGGCCGGCGGGGAGGAGAGGACGACCCCCGGGCCGGGUCAACGGGGUCUCCAGAGAACACCUCCUGAGACAGGCCCAGGGGUCAUUUGGCUCUGCGGAGACCCGGCAGGACUCACUGAGGAAGGGGGAGGCAGACGAAGACGAGCAGCCGCCCGUUCCCAUGGUUACAAGGCUCCGCAGCCAGGCAGAGAGAGAGCAAGAGAAGGAGAGGAUGGAGGAGAGGAGGGGGAUGGCGGCAGGGACACCUAGUGGUACUGAUGGUACUGAUGGAGAGGAAGGGGACAUCUGUGGUCCAUCACAGUGGAACGUGGAACAAGUGUUCGCCUAUAUCAGCUCUCUGCCAGGUGGUCUGGACAUAGCCAAGGAGUUUCGCUGCCAGGAGAUCGAUGGACAAGCUCUCCUGCUGCUCACAGAGGACCACCUGGUCAACACCAUGAACCUCAAACUGGGCCCUGCCCUCAAACUGUGCGCCCACAUAAACUCUCUGAAGGAGUCUCCGUAGACGGUGUAGCGUUCAGACUGGACCGGGACAAACUGACACAGGUGUCCAUCUUCCCGGCUCUCCACUUCCAACCGAGAUAAG